AGUGUGUUUGUGGUACACGGGGAGGUACUUCUGGUAACAGUUUGGCUCGCGUCCACUUCCUCCUCCGCAAUAACUGUCGUUUUGGGCGCAACAGUUACAGGGUUUUCAUCUUCUCUCACAGACUCAAACAGAAGGCUGCAGAAUGUCUGUGACUGUAACCAAGGGCGACGGGGUCACUGUGUUCACCAUGACCUCUGACUCCAAAAGUCUCCUUCCUCCGCUGUGCCAAAUCCUCAAAAACCUUUGCUACAGCCCCGUGUGCUGCUCCGUGUCUCAGCACCUGAGGAGCGUCCAGAGAAAUGCCCAGUCGGUCCUCGGGGCGCUGCACAUCAUGGUCGGGCUGCUCAACGUCACCCUGGGUGUGUUACUUAUUUACUUCGCCGGGCUCUUUUGGAUGCCGUCCUUCUUUCCUGUGUGGAUCGGAGUGAUUAUGAUGUUGUUUGGCAUCGCUGGCAUCGUGUCUGAGAAGCGCCCCAGUCCGUGUCUGGUCGCCGUGAAUGUGAUCCUGAAUCUGGCAGGAGUUGCUUUCUCCAUUACAGCCAUCGUGCUCUACAGCAUCAGCAUUGCACACAUUGGACUGUGGUGGAUGUGUAACAAUUAUAACGGCGGCUAUUAUGGCGACUAUUACGGUGGCCGCUACCGACAAGCCACAACGACUGUGUCUCCCGAGAUGACGCACAUGAUGGAGGAAUGCUUGCAGGGCAAAGAACUGGCUCUGGUGCUUCUGAGGGGCAUUAAUGGGCUGCUGAUCGUCCUCUCGGCCAUGGAGCUCUGCCUCGCCAUCAGCUCGGCCGUCUUGGGGAUCAAGGCCCUGAUGAGCAGACAGAAAGCAGACGAGGAGAAGAUGGGCGACGCAGAACUCUACAAACCACUGGUGGAAGAAGACUGCAGCCAGCCGGCAGCCUGAGUCACUGUCAGAUACCAGGAACUCAAACCCUGAGCUUCUGUACCAUUACUGUGUGUCCUGUAAGGGUAACGAGUUGACCAAAUUCAACCUGUAAGCUCUCUCACUACUUCUGGGUCUUUCACUAUAAGCUUGACAUCUUUUUACACUUUUUAUAAUACCAUGUAUAAUGCUUCUGUGCUUCUACCACGUAUAAUGCUUCUACACAUUGAUGGACCUUUAGUGUGCUGUUUUACAAUAUAAAGUCUUAUUUGAACGAAUAUAGUCAUCAAAAUGAUUGAGUGCUACACACAUUUUGGGGUAUUUCUGUAUUUUACAAUAAAUUUGUAACCAUGGUGAAAAGAUGUCUUAACAUCUGUUAAAUAUCCAGUUUUGCUAUGUACAAAUAUAAAUGGUAAUCAUUAAAUGUUGGUGGAGGGAGAUUAUAUUGUUUCCAA